AUGAGGGAAAAACCGAAAAAGCGGGAACUGGGAAACAGAGAAACCCUAAUCGCCAUGGACAUGAUCAGCGACUUGCCGGAUUGCAUACUCUUGCACGUCCUCUCCUUCCUCCCUACCAAAACCGCCUUCCUCACCACCGUCCUCUCUCGCCGCUGGACCAACCUCUGCGACGACCUCCAACACCUCCACUUCGAACAAAACCAAUUUCGAAACCGCAAUACUUGUUCAUAUUGCUAUCAAUUCGAUGUAUACACUGUGGAGUGGUUCAUUAGAAAGGUUUUAGGGCCAAACCUCGAGGAAUUGAACCUCCAACUCUCCUUCGUCUGUUGCUCCGAUCGCAAAGUCGUUAUUCCCAACGGCGUUCUCAGCUGCACUUCCCUCGUGACUCUCCGUUUAAACGGAGGCAUAAGAAUCCCUUCGCCGCCUUCAUCGUCGUGCCGUUAUCACUUGCCGUCACUCAAGACACUGCAAUUGUAUAAUGUCAAAACCUCUGUUGGUAACUUGGAGGAGCUUCUCUCUCACUGCACUGCUCUUGAGACUCUUGUUCUUGACUCAGUCUGUCGAUCCCAGGAGGAGGGCCAAUUGAGUAUUUGUUUUCCUUCUUUGAAGAGUUUGCACUUCAAAUCUUAUUUCGGUGACGCUCUUAGCUUACUUCUUGUUAUAGACACACCAUCUCUUAAACGUCUUUAUAUCCAAGUUGUGUCAGGAUUUCGCGAGAUCCGUGUUCGCAACUUGCACAAUGUGGAGGAAGCCCGUAUCAACAUUUCUAAGCAAUCCAUUGUGCUCGAGUUUCUUGUGGAGCUUUGCAGGAUAAGGAUUUUGGAACUGGGUUUAUUAACGGUUGAUUGUUUGCCUGAGGUUCCUCCGCAUCGUAUUCCAGAGUUUACCUGUUUACAGAGGCUAGAGCUUACUGUUAAGUGUUUCGACACCAGAUCCAUAAUGAAUAUGCUUCAGAAAUGUCCCAUGCUUAAACUUCUUGCUAUCGUUUUUAGCUUUCCUAAAAUGGAUCCACAUCCGUCACGAAAAUGGGAACUCCCUGCGAAGAUUCCUACUUGUCUUGCAUCGCAUCUGCAAGUGAUUAAAAUCAAGAGAUAUUAUGAAUCCAGAGAUGAUAGAGAUUUUUUCGCCUAUGUUCUUCAACAUGGACUUGUUUUGGAGUCACUUGAUCUUCAGGUGGAUGAUAUGAGAUCUAAAGGAUUUCCAGAAGAAUUAUCCCUUUUGCCAAGGAGCUCCAAGGCGUGCCAAAUUAACUUUUGCUGGAUUUAAGGUACCAUAUUUUUCGUUACCAUUAUGUGUACGUAUAAUGGUGGAUGAUACGAGUCAGAUACAGUAUCCUACUAAUUAUGGCUGAAUUUUUCAUAUCUGAAACAAGUUGUACUAGUUUGAGUAGAUUCCCCCCAGUGAUAAAAGGAAACUUAAAUUUUGAUGAUUUUUUCUUUUUAUAUUUUAACACAGAUGUCUCUUCAGAUAUUUAUCAUAUAUAUACUUGAUACUAUUAUGAUUCAUUCGUUUCACACAGCCUUUUGUUGUAUAUAGAAAUUCAGUAAUUGGUACUUCAGACUUGGAACAAGAAUAUUUUAGCAACAAGGAUACCAUUUUAACUUUACACCAUUCAGGUGAAUGAAGCUCCCAAAUGUGGAAGUGUUGAUAGAUCCCGACAA